UAUAAUAAUAGCCUAAUAUUAAUAAUAAUAAUAAUAAUAACAAUAACAAAAGAUGUAGUUCAAGCACCCAAUGCCGCACAAUUGCAAUUGUUUCUCCAUCUAGUAGUGUAAACCUUUGUGUAGGAAAAUUUGAAUAACUCUUUGGCUCCUAUCAAAUAUUAAUGGGCACACCCGCAUGCGCGAACACUUUCAAAAUGUAUAAUUCCUGCAGCGCUCCUUGUUGCUGGGCGCUGUGUCAAAAACAAUAUCCGAGCUCAUUUUGGAGGAUGCGCAGGGGGCGAAGAAAUGGGACAUUUUUCGUGCAGGGACUUGCCAGCCGCGGAUCUCAUAUCUGAUUUCAUGUGUUCAGUGACAGUCGAGGUUGAAUAAAUGAUUCAAAUGCCAGUCAGUUUGGAUAGACAUUAAGAGCCCCCAUAACUUUCCAGAAAAGGGAGGAAAAUAUUUUGGUUGUAUUUAUCGGUAGCUAGAUAGGUUGGACUAAUACAAAGCCAUUAUUGAUAGAGAUUAUUUAUUUUUGUGAAAUCAAAUACAUAUUUCUGUUUAUCAUCCUGUUACACCAAUAAUUUCCUUCAGACUUGCUCGACAUUCAAGUUAUAAUUAAUACAAGCAAGGUUCCUUUAGCAUAAAAAUCACAGAGAAAAAAAAUAUAUUCAGAGUAAAAAUAAAACAAACAAGUGUCCUAAAGUAAAAAAAUAAUAGAGAAACAUUAGGAGUCAUGGAAUUGAUUAAAAAAUAACGUAUGGGCAUAUCUGUUCAUUUUGCGUUUUAUAAUUGAAUUCAUGGGAUAUCGCUAUGUAUAUGACGGGGAGUUUAUGCUUUAUAGCAUUUUUUUUUGUCAGACAAUAAUCCAAUAGUUCAAACAUAGCACCCAUAGCACUUAGGUUAGAUCACGGCCAUAUUGUUCGCAAAUACACUAAAAUGGAGUAAUGUAUGAGCAAAGCUUUUUUUAAAUAUUCAAACCUUCUGUGAUUUCCAUUCAUUGAGGUCAACCUGUACUGAACUGGUAGGAGAAAGCACGAGCGCAAGUUAAAUCUUAAUUUAAAUAAAAUAAUUUAACCAAACUCGCACAAAUCACACAUAUUCUGUGGAAAUGCAUGGAUUAAAAUAUGAAAGUACCAAUGCUCCUUAAUCGACGUACCCUAAAUGUAUUUAUAUAACAAAGCCAUGUUACAAAUAACACCAGUACAUAAUUUAAUAUGUAUAUGAACGCGUUGUUAUUCUACAUCGUUUCAGUGCGUUAACGAGAUAAAAUAUUGUUUCGGUCCCAAAUUGAAGUUUUAUGUUUUUUCAAUUGGGUUCGUCAUUUUAUUAGGACAGUAACCGCAAAUGUACAUACGAUUUAUUUCAUGUGAGUUAAGGUGGGGUGUUUCCCCUGUCUCGUAAUGCAGGAAUAAUUACACGUUUGCAAAUAAAUCAAUAUCAAACCUCUCGCUAAUUCAUAACGGUCUGCGCUGACCAACGAUUGAAAGCACAUGAAAAAUGACCGGUGAAACGCUAUCCAGAGGCGACGCGGCGGAUUUUCAUCCAUUUGAGGAGCAUGGGGAACCGCGAUAAGAGAAUUCAGCCGGAAAUGUCCAAGCCAACGUCUGCCUUUUUAUACAGUGUUUAAGAAUAGCAUGGAUAAGAUCAUCACACUUUUUAAUAGUUAUAAUUGAACGUUCAAGGGCGCGCGUGUUGCUUUCUGCGUGGGCAGUGUACAACCCAGCACACAAAAGCAUUUAAGAACCAAAGCCAAGUGCAGUGUUUCAGGCUAGUUAUGCAGGCAACAGGCUUAGUGCAAAGCUAUAGCAAAACAAAAGCGCUACAUAGUGUAGCCAAACCAACCCCGGGAAAUACUGAGCUAGGUUACUUUUUGAACUCGCAAACAUAACACAAUUUCUAUAUACUGGAAUUUGGCAUUAUUCACAACAAAAAAAAAGAACACAAAAAACGUGUUGGAUGUGGACAGGAAAAAGAACAAUUAUCGGGUUGAGGUUGACCGUGGUCGCCCUUGCAGAAACCUUCAGGUUGCAAUAACCAUAUGGCCCGUGUGUUGGCCCCGUAACCGUGCAGUUCCCCAUUGGACAAACGAACUCUGUUGGCUUCUCCACCCAGUGUGUCCUGUCAGUCCACUGGUUCACUAGUUCACCGUGUCAAUCCACCCUGCUCCGCGCAAGCAGCGAAAGGCGGAAAGGCAGCUUGAGAGUAGUGGGAGAAUCUUUCGCCUGCUGGUGACUGCUGCUUCUUACCACGCCACGACUCCGAGCCCAAAGUUCGGCUGAAGAAAAACGUUCUCCGGAGAACCGUUUUGGACGCCGCAUGUGGACUGUGCCCGCAUUUGCACUUCCGUACGCGCUUGAUCCACAAACUGGUCAUUGUUCUAGGUAGACUCUAGGUAGACUCUGAAAUCGAAAAGGAAGAUAUAAGACGGUGUUCUCUCGUAUCGAAUCAUAAUAUACAUUUAUACACAUCUGUAAAAAAUCCUUUCACGGCCGUCUAUCUGUUCCGUGGUUUUGGUUAAUUCCAAAAACAAGGUCUCAUCUUCGGCGGAGAGACGGGGAGGAAUGCUGGAUGUCAGUUCCUUCUCUUUAUCAAGAAGCUGUAUCCUUGCAUAAAAUCUAGAAGUGAUAAAGGACAAUAUCUCGGUCAGCUUCCAAGAGGCCAUUGGAAAGAGACCGUCACGUGACAUCUAGUGCCAAUGUUCUUCCAGAAGGUCGUCAGGACCCUGGUAGCCAGUAACUCGACUUUUGGAAAUGCAGAAAACGACCUACUACGACAACUCGACACUUUUCGGAGGUUACUCGUACCAGGGGGCAAACGGUUUUGGCUAUGAAGCCCCUGCUGCAGCCUUCCAGAACUCAGCGCAUCUUGAAGGCGACUACCAAAGGUCUGCGUGCUCCCUACAGUCGCUCGGCACCAGCGCACCCCCCCAGCCUCAGCAUGCCAAGACGAAAGAGCUCAAUGGCAGCUGCAUGCGGCCCAGUCUGCCACCUGAACACCACCCACCCCCACAAGUGUCCCCUCCUCAGAACCCUGUAAAUGUUGCUGCCUCCAAUGCCACCCAGCAACCAGGUGGUAGUAGUGGUAGUGGAGGUGGUGGUGGGGGCGGCAGCGGGGGAACGGCCAAAUCAUCAUCCAAAUCAUCCUCUCUGGCCCCAAACCCAACACUCACCAAGCAGAUAUUUCCCUGGAUGAAGGAGUCACGUCAAAAUACCAAGCAAAAAAACAGCUCCCCCAGUGCAAGCUCAGCUAACGCGGAGAGCAGCGGUGGUGAGAAAAGCCCUCCGGGUUCUGCAGCUUCCAAGAGAGCACGCACCGCUUACACCAGCGCACAGCUGGUGGAGCUCGAGAAGGAGUUUCACUUCAACAGAUACCUGUGCCGGCCACGGCGCGUGGAGAUGGCCAAUUUGCUGAACCUCAGCGAGAGGCAGAUUAAGAUUUGGUUUCAGAACAGGCGGAUGAAGUACAAGAAAGAUCAGAAGUUAAAAGGCAUGGGGUCAUCCUCAGGUGGACCGUCACCCACAGGAAGUCCACCCCUCCCAAUGCAGUCUUCGGCCGGUUUUAUGAACUCGAUGCACUCAAUGGGAAGUUAUGACGCUCCCUCCCCUCCAUCUUUCAACAAGCCUCAUCAAAACGCAUACGCCAUGUCAACAGCAUAUCAGAACCCAAUGAAAGGUUGCCCGCCACAACAAAAGUACGGAAACACCGCUCCGGAUUACGACCCACAUGGGCUACAGGGUAACAGCGGCACCUACGGGACACCAAACAUGCAGGGUAGCCCCGUGUAUGUGGGAGGCAGCUAUGUCGACACCAUGCCUGCCACUGGGCCUUCUAUGUAUGGCCUAAAUCACCUACCGCACCACCAGACGGCUAGUAUGGACUACAAUGGUGCCACACAGAUGUCGGCGAACCAGCACCAUGGACCGUGUGACCCACAUCCAACAUACACGGAGCUGUCUGCGCACCAUCCUUCUCAGGGUAGAAUCCAAGAAGCACCCAAGUUGACUCAUCUGUAGCAGGUUUGGACAGAAAAGAGAAAAUGGAAGAUAAACAAAACAGACUAACCCAUGGGACGAUGCAAUGGGGUUGAAAAAUAUGAUCCAGUGGUUUCUUGCCAUGACUAGAAAACCAGUUUGUGUCAAUGUUGUCCUUCCAUUCAUGUGUGAACAUGCCAUUUUUCCAUGAAUUUCAAAUCCAUAAGUCUAAAUGCCCCUUUAAAGUGAAAACUUUCAUGAACAGUGUGUAUAAAUGGCUAGUUUAUGCCAAGGAAUAGAUUGUCUAGCUGUAUGACCUCAUUAUAUCAUCUUAAAUGUUUGUGAACUUCAGCAUUAUCGCUGCAUUCCUUACACUUUGGAGGACUGUAAGGUAUAGCCUACAUUUAAACUGGUGCAAGAAAACCACUGGAUUGUUUUUCGUCCACUACCCUUAUUUCACAUACCUCUUCUUUUUAAAAUUUCUCACUAACGGUCAAUUUGUUAUUAACUUGUUCCCAAAACAACAGCAAACUGCACAUUGUUUUUGAUCAAGACGUUCAUCCCUUUAUCUAUUUUUAAGGGUAAAAGUCCAUUUUAAACUAUGCUACCUAUCCCUCUAAAUGAGAAGUAAAUAUAAAUUUGUUAUGACUUUGACACAGGGUAAAAAAAGUUAAGAGAGUUGAGAAUUCUAGUAAAUUAAAGCUCACCCCCUUGUUCUCAGCUCACUAUCCCCUCCCUCUUUUCCCCUCCCUUUCCCCAUAGUUCUUCCCCAGUUCUCUUUCUUUCCCAAUCUUGGGUUUGCCUACAUUAGUCUAAACUAAUACGAAAGGCCCACAAGUCUUGACUUAGAAAACUAGGAAACAGGGUAUAUUUGAACAAAAAUGCAUGUCCGGGAAACCAAGCUACGGCGCAGACGUCUCUGUUUACGCCUAAUACGCUCUUGUCUGGGCAUCAUUGUUGCACUUAGAGUUUACAUUUAAUGGGAGAGGAAGAAAAGUAAAUCUUAUUUUGAAUCGAAAGGCCUUCAAUCAGCGUCUUUCGCUAAGUGUGUUCAAGUGAACAUUCAUAAAUAUAUAUUUAUUUGUUAUAGCCAGUUUAAAUACUUUCUUUUUUGUAUUAUUUAUCCCCAUGUAUUUAUAUCGAUAAAAUGUACUUUUUUAGUAUCUACCUGUUAUAAAAAGCCGUUGUGUUCUUGUCAUUGUAACAAGUUAAUUUUUAGUUAUUGUAUUUUAGAGAUAUGUAGGUUUAUGUUACCCUUGUAUAAAUAAUGUCUUGACAUGUACAGGGGGCGCGUGAGCGGAAUCACACCGUUCCUGCGUAGUCGAGAAUUAGACGGAAUAUAGCAAAACAUUUUGAGAACUUCAUUUGUCCUUUGUAACUACUUUUUUUUCCUUGUUAAGAGUUGGUUGUUGAACGAUUCUUUAAUAAAAAUGUUAUGUUAUUCA